GAGCCGAGAUAUUCGUCUGCUUGAUUCUACAUGACAAGUCCACGAGUGUAUCAGAAGAAAUCUCAAAGUCCAAAGAAAAAACUACCUUUCUAGGAAAACCACGUGCCUCUCUUGCUAUGCCCUUCAUUGCUAAUAAUCCUCUCAAAAGGAAGCACUUGGCUAUGUGUAUCCAGAAGUGGAGUUGAUACCCACGGGGCACCAUCAUGCAUCAUCUGUUCAGACUGGUUUUGGGACAAAAGGACCUUUCCCGUGCUGGGGACCUCUUCUCCUUGAACGACUCAGAGAUUGAAGAAAGCCUGUCAGAAGCUUUGGAGCAAAUUAAAAUAAUUAGCUCAUCUUCAGACUAUUCAUCCAAUGGCAAUGACCAAGCCGUGGUUGAGAUCUGUAUCACUCGAAUCACAACAGCCAUCAGGGAGACUGAGUCCAUUGAGAAGCAUGGCAAGGCCCUCGUGGCUCUCUGGGAAUCCUGCUUGGAGCACAAUCUCAGCCCUUCAGGAAAAGAUGAGGACACACCCCAUGCAAAAAUUGCUUCUGAUAUCAUGAGUUGUAUUUUGCAGAAUUAUAAUCGACCUCCUGUGAUGGCAUUAGCAGUCCCAGUGGCAGUGAAAUUUCUCCAGAGGGGUAACAAGGAGCUGUGCAGAAAUAUGUCAAGUUACUUGUCCCUGGCUGCAAUCACCAAUCCAGAUCUCCUGGCUGAGCACACCGAUGCAAUAGUAAAGAGCAUCCUGAAAGGCAACUCCAUGCUGUUGCGUGUCUUGCCUUCUGUGUAUGAAAAGCAGCCCCAGCCAAUUAACAGCCACAUGACAGAGCUGGUGACCCUGAUGUGUGAGUUAGAGCCAACAGAACAACACCAUCUUCUCAGGCUGUUGCAGAUAGUCGCAAGGAGGAAACGGCCCAUGGUGCUUCAAGAAUGUAUUCCUUUCUUAAUUGAACAUUUAAAGAACCCUACUCACAGUGACAUUAUCCUAAAUAUACUCAUCGAAAUAUCUAGCUACGAACCAGCAGCUUUGAGUCGCUUUCUUCCAACACUGAAGGAGAUCGGUACAAGCUUUCCCAGCCUGAUUGGACGAAUGGCAAGAAUCUAUGGAGCUGUUGGCCAUGUGAAUGAAGAGAGUGCGAGGACCUGCCUGACUUACCUGGUGGACCAGCUCGCUAACAUGGAGCAUUCCUAUCACCAUCUUCUCCUGUUGGAGAUUAAGAAUCUCACAGACACCUUCUCUACCAUCCUGGGGACUCAAAGCAGAGAUAUCUACCGGAUGAGUAACAGUUUCACUGCCAUUGCCAAGCUUCUCAUUCGACACCUGGACAGCGACAAUACGCAAAGAAGGAGGAUGGAAAGUGAGCCUGAAACGGAACCUUUAGAACCAUUGGAAGAUCUCAAAUCUGCUGCAACUAAUGGAAAUGAAGAGGAUGAAAGACUGCAAGUUAAGAUACAGGCUUUUGAAGAAAAAAUAAAUGGAGAGCACAGUCCUCCUGGUUCUGUUAGAAGAUACAGUCUAAGCCAAGUUUCAAAGGAAGAAAGAAAAGAUAUGAGAUUUAAUAGGUCAAAAAGUUUAGCUUUGCAUGCAGUCCACCUAAACCAUACAAAUUCAGAUGAUGAACAAGAUGUUAAGAAUGGAGAUGUAAUGGCCAGCAUCUCUUUUUCAGAAAUAGACCCGCUUAGCCAAGAAAAUCACAAGUCACCAUUUAAGGCAAAUACUGAAGAAUCACAGCUGGAAAUUUCUUCAAUUUCACACCCAAGUAGUAAAUGGACAGAAUCCGAGAACUUGCCAGAAACAGUUAAAGAGAAUGACCCCCAAGAAACACCAGAGACUACACAAAGUCAUGUGGAAUACCAGGAUAAGCUCUAUUUGCACUUAAAGGAAAAUCUCAGCAAAGUGAAAGCAUAUGUCAUGGAAAUUGGGAGGAACAUUCCAGUCCCAGAUCAGUGCACCAUUGAAGAUGCAGUUGGAAGUUGUGUAGCAAAGCUGUCCUUCAGCUGUACCUUGAAGGGCCAUUACUGCCUAUACAGUAAGUCCAGCUUUACCCUCAUCAGCCGCCAGCCUCAGCUAUGGAUUCAUAUCAUGUUUCUGUUUCAGCAGGGCUCAUUUCUGGAGCCACUGUCCACACAAAGUGUGUCAGUGCGAGCUCUCAGAUCCUUGUGGGCAAAGACACAGAUAAAAGGAACUCACAGUUUUGAAACUGCAAUGAUACAAUCUACAUUUCCCCAUAAGAAGGACCUGGACCAGGUACAGCAACAUCUGGAGGAAGUGAGAUUCUUUGAUUUGUUUGGCUUUAGUGAAGAAGCGGGCGCAUGGCAGUGCUUCAUGUGCAAUAAUCCGGAAAAGGCAACAGUUGUAAAUCAAGAUGGCCAACCUCUCAUGGAAGGAAAACUGAAAGAGAAACAAGUUCGAUGGAAGUUCAUUAAAAGAUGGAAAACCCGUUAUUUCACCCUGGCUGGCAAUCAACUUCUGUUUAGGAAAGGGAAGUCCAAAGAUGAUUCAGAUGACUGCCCCAUCGAACUGAGCAAAGUCCAGAGUGUCAAAAUCGUGGCCAAGAAACGUAGGGACCGGAGUCUUCCCCGGGCCUUCGAGAUUUUUACUGACAACAAGACCUAUGUCUUCAAGGCCAAAGAUGAGAAGAAUGCUGAAGAGUGGCUUCAGUGCAUUAAUGUGGCAGUGGCUCAGGCAAAAGAAAGGGAGAGCAGAGAAGCCACCACUUACCUGUAGCCAACAUUGCAUGGGAUAGCUCAUCACAUCUUCUGACAGACAGCCUGAAGGGGACAGCCUCACCCAUCCUGGUAAUUCAUUGCUAAAUACUAGAGGGGCUAUUUUUUGUAAGAAGCAGGUCCCCAAAGGGAUGAGCUGGAAUCUUUGACCAUGGCUGUCUAGUGGCCCCAAGGAAAAGGGAGCUUUGAAAUAAACUCUUGGUUGGUGUAGGGACGUAAAAAGGCAGUGAUCAGUGUUCCAAGGACCUUUUGGACAAUGUUGAAUUCUUAAGAAAGUACACCGAAAGUGGACUUCAGUUUAUUAUCAUCAAUUCAAUUAUGCAAAUAAUUCUGCAAACUACAAUGUGCAUGGCGCUGUUCUAUGCACUAAGGAUGAUAAGAAUGAAAACUAACUCAAUUUGAGCCCCAGUAAAUUUACAAUGUAUGUGGGGAUGGUGUUGGGGGGUGGGGCGGCAUGUAACAUGAACAUGGAUAUAAGUACAACACAGUUGGAAUCCUUGCUGCCCUUUAGAGAUUAGCUUAAGCUCCUCUUCCUAGGAGGUCUUUUCUGAUCUCUCCAAUUGUUAAGUGUGCUCCUUAAUGCCCCCUCCCUCAAAUUAUUUUUUAUUUACUUGCUAGACUAUAUAGUUUAUAUUUACUUAUCUAGCUAUAUGAUGGUCCCGCACCAUUAGAAGGUAAUUUCCUUGAGGACAGAGAUUAUUUGGCUUUUGUCAUUGUAUUCAUGGUGCCUAGCAUAGUGCUGGCACAUAGGAGGCAUCUAAUAAAUGUUUUGUUAAUAGAGUUCUUGAAUACAAAGUAGACCAUGAUAGAAACAAAGGAAAGCUUGAGGAAAAUUCGAAAGAGGGAGAGAUUGUUUUCCAACAGACAUUAUUUAAUUUGCUGUUUAUAGCUCUUCUAUCACAGGAAAGAACUAAUGAAGGCCACCUUCUAAUUAUCAACUGUUCAAGAAAAUGAUCUUGAGAAACAGAAUUAAUGGACACUAGAGGGAAAAUAUCACUUAGGACAUUAUUUCUGAGCUUAUUGAUCUUCCUUCUCCCUCAGAGCCAAUGUGAGUAGUAUAGUAUUAAACAGUCAUCACACUAAAGCAGUUAUAUGAUCAAACAUCCAUCAUUCAGAGAUUUUGUCCAAUUGCUUUAAGUUUAUACAAUACAGGCAAUAGUUAUAGGAUUGAAUUUAUUUUCUUGCUAAAGCAGUAAUUGGACUCAACAAGGUCUGACCAUAUCACCCCUACUGAACAAAUUCAGUGGCUCCCAAUUUUGAUUAAAAACAAACGCAAAAUCCUCUGUUUAGAUUUUUAAGCCCCUUCCAGCCUUUUCAGGCUUCUGACACUUUAUUCUUCUCCACAUCCAUGAUGAUCCAAUGACUCUGGCUUUCUUGUGGUCCCUUGCACAGGAUACUCCAUCUUUUGACUCUACUCAUUCCCAGUUACUGUUCCCCAAGCCUAGAAUCCUUUGUCCCAUCACCUCUACCUCCUGGGCUCUCCAGAUUCCUUUAAGACUCAGAUCAAACCCCACCUUCUGCAUGUGGCUUUUCUCAGUCUAGUUCCUUACCCCAAAUAUUACCAUCCAUUUACCUUGCAUGUACUAUUUUUAUCAUGUUAUCUCCUAACAGAAUGUAGACCACUUGAGGGCAGUGACCUUUUUGCCUUUCUUUAUAUUCCAGUGCCCGAAAUGUAAGGAAGUGUUUAAUCAGCAUUUGUUGACUGACUAUCCCAUAGUAUGUACAAGGCACAGAGAGUACAAGAAAGUAUACCCACAGUAACUACAAUGGUCCCCAUUCUCCAUAGAGAUGCCAUCUAAUUAAAAAUAUCCAGUUUUGAGGAAUCCUUUAUUCCCUACUUUUAUCAUCUUCUUUUGCCCAUGAAACUGUAGAAACCUGAGCCAAUACACACCCAUUUUUAAGAUAAUUUGUGGUUUCUGUAUUUUAAAGAAUCUCUCCCUGAAAAGCACAAAGAUCUUUGGGGUUUUAUUUGGAAAUCUAUGAAAUUAAAGAUGUUAGAACUGCUUAGCAAAACCAAGAUCAUAACAAAUAUUAUGAAGGUAUUAAGUGACAUUGCAUGCAUUAUUUAUAAUUCCAGUGCCAACAGAAUGCCCAGACCUUGACAAGGCAAAAAAAACAGCAAUGAAAUCCUAGCAAUGUACUGAUACACACACACACACACACACACACACACACACACACACACACACACACAUCUAGCCAAUUGAGACCACUAAAGAAAGAAUUCUUUCUGUGACUUAUUACCAAGUAUGUGUGAUUUAAUUACCUGGCUGCCUCCAUAUUUGGGGCCAACACUAAUCUCCUUGCCUUUAAGCCAGAUCUAGUGAGGAGUACAUGGGCAAAGUCUAAGUGAGUGAGAGUUCUGGUUUCACUCUGAUAGACAGCAUUUCCAAGGAUCAGCUGCCUCCCCAGACUCCAGAAUCAUACUGUGGAUCUCCAAAUAAUCAGUUCCCUUGUGAUAUUUAUUACUGGAAUACCUACUGCUGGAGCUGGCCAGGCUCAACUUGAAAUCGGUCUACGUCCCAAGAGGAGGUUGCCAUUCUUGAUCCUGAUCUGGGCAGAGACGACUUUUGUAAAUAUUUCUGAACUUUAAAACAAAAUGUUGGUUUGAAUUAAGUUAGAACAGAGAUUCAAGUGGUUCUUAUUUUUAUCCUCAUUUUGAAUUUUUUUCAUAGAAAGCCUGGGGCAACUUGCUUUAUGUAAGUGAGGACCUGAGUGCCAACUCCCUUCAAAGCUAGAUUCAAGCAUCAGAUCUAUGACACCCUUCCUGAUCCUCCCCCAUCAUUUCCCCCACUGCUCCCCAAAGUUAUCUUCUAUUCCCUUCUCUGUGUGUACAUAUUGUGUCCUUUCCCCAAUAGAAUGUAAUUUUUUGAUGGUAGAAAUUAUUGAAGGCAGUGCUCUCCACUGCACCCCCAAAUUACUUUGUAAUUCCUUAUUUGUGUCCAUAUUGCUGCACUUCAAUAUUCUUACCAUGAGAAUAUCAUUGAGUAUACUUGUGUUCAAUUCAGGCUUUCCUUAGAUGGGAACAUGAUGGCUGGUUCCACAAAUGGAGACAAAGAAAGACACAUGGGGAAUACUAGAUUAAGCUGAUUUUCUGGUGCAAGGUCCCACGAUGUAACCAGUAACUCAUUACCACUGCCCUAAGCUCUCAGGAACCAAGGUCAGCUUUGGAAAUCUCUCACUAAGUUACUCUUUUAACUACUGCCCCUUCCCCUGGCUCUCCUCCAGGAAUGACAGAAUUGGAGCCAUCACUAAAGAAAAAAGAGCCCAAACUCCCUAUUCAUGCACACAGGGUAACAUAAUAUUAACAGUAGGACAGAUUUCAUUGUUCCUGGCGAUAAAAGCAAAGGAAUCAUGCUAGAACCUAUAAAUAGUCAAAGUAACUCUCCAUUGGUGAGUGUCCCCUUACCCUAGAUGCCUAUUAACUUGUUUUAAAUGUAUAGAACCUCCCUGAAUGUGAGAACUCAUUUUUAGAGGAAAAAGAUUUGGAGUCUCUAAAGCAGGAGUUCUUAACCUAGGGUUUCUGAACUAAGUUUUGGGUUGUUUGCUAUUUUUUAAAUAUUCUAAUAGCUGUAUUUUAAUAUGAUUGAUUUCCUUUUUAAUCUUAUGAAUUUUAUUUUAUGCAUUGUAAAACAUUCCGAGAUGGGGUCCAUAGCCUUCACCACCAUGCCAAAAAGAAGGAUAAUGACCCAUAUUCUAGAAAGUCAAGCCCUUCCUCCAGACCUUCACAGUCCACAAGGCUCACAGUACUUCCUAAAGUGCUAGGUCUACACUCUUCUUACUUCCAUGAUUAUUCCUUCUACAGGCAGAAUUAUGUGGCCAAACUGAGAAACAUGAGCAUCAUUUCUUUGCUUAACCUCGUCUUAGCCCCCUCCACUGAUUAUCAUAGUUGCCUUUUCCUAGUAGAGAAGCAUGAGUGCCUUUCUGAUAGCUGUUUCCUUUCCUUCCUGUGCUUUCCCCAAUGCUGCUAAAAACAAACAAAUUGGAAAUCAUCAUACCAUUUGCUCAAACAUUUUCCCCAGUGCUAGACCCUGCCUAAAUAAAAAUGCCUAAAUUUGGCCAUUCCUAAAAAGUAUGAGGCAAGUCAAAUCUAUAUGUGAUAUACCCAUCAUCACCACUGGAAAACAAUAUGCCAAAAAGAGUGUACCGAAGUCUUUGAUGCACUGAGUAGAUCACAUUAUAGAAUGGCUUUGGACCUGGACAAAAUGUGUCUUUUGUGUUCUUCCAUUCUCCUCUUCCUUCUUGUGUUCCCCUACUCCCUCUGGGUACCCCCAAGCUCCAAGGGGUUUAUUUCUAACAGCCUUUCACACACACACACACACACACACACACACACACACACACACACACACUGGCAUCCCACAUGAGUGUAUCUUUUUGGCCAGACUUUUCCUGGCCCUCCUCCCCCUGCCCCCUCAGUUAAAGCUUAUUUCCUUUGUCCCAUUCAUUCAAGGAUCUGUUCAGUGAUCAAACAGAUUUUCUCCACUGUGCUAUAGGUCGUAAUAGUUCAAUGUGUCCCCCUUCCUUAGAGAAUAUGCAUUUUUAACAGCACCUUCAAUAUUGUAAGCCAAAGUAUUGAGUAGUUUGAGAAUUUUGGUACCAUGGAAUGGGGAAUAGCAAUAGAUAUGGGGAGAGCAGAGGCCCUCUGAUUCUACUACACAGGCAGCUGCCUACUCUGUCUAGGCAUAAGGCCAAUCCCACUGUGGACAGCCCCAGGAAUUUGUCCCAUACAUAGAUUCCUCAGGGGCUUAAGUUAAAUGAGAUUUUGCUUCCAAUUUCCACACACUGAGUAUAUCAACAAAAAGUAAACACAAUUUAGGAAACACAAUGUCUAUGAAAUUUUACAGCUUUCUUGAACAUUUUUCCUUAAAAUGCUAUUCAGGACACAUUGUACUAAUUAAUGUAAUUUCUUUCUGUUGAGAAACUGCCUCUUGAACCUUAUAAUGCUUAAAACAAAAACAAUUUUUCACUCACUGCCCUUUAACCAACAAAAUUAUUUGAGUUCCUCUGAAAACUAAGGGUUUAAAUGAAUUCACAACUUGGAAAAAAAUUCUGUGUGUGUCUGUGUG